AUGGCCUCUCUCCGAGGGCGAACCCUCCCCCUCCGAGCCCUCCGCUCGAGUUCAAGAUCAAUCCGCCCCCUCAUCCCAACCACGCAAUUCCUCACGAACCCAACCCUCGCCACGAACACCCAAACCAGAACCCACUCCGUCUCCGCCUCCGAACUCUCCCACUUCUCAGCCCUAGCAAGCUCCUGGUGGGACCCAAUGGGCCCCUCCCGAAUCCUGCACCUAAUGAACCCCCUCCGCCACGAAUUCAUCGCCUCCUGCCUAGCAGAAGGAACCCCCGAGGCCGCCCCCUCACCCUCCUCCGCAACCCUCAACUAUCUCGACAUCGGCUGCGGCGGCGGCAUCUUUGCCGAAUCCCUAGCACGCACUAUCCCCGCCACCCCAGAAACGCCAGCACCAACGCCCACACGCGCAGCAAGCAUGACUGCAGUCGACCCCUCAAGAGACCUAAUCAACAUGGCGCGCGAGCACGCGCGCAAGGACCCAGCCGUCCACGCACACUUGGAGUCUCAGCGCUUCAGAUACCUGAACACAACAUUGGAGGAUGUCCUGGCAUCCGGAAUCGGACCGAUCACGUCCAGCUCUUCAAGCGCAAGCACAAGCACACAAUACGACGUGGUGACGCUCUUCGAAGUUCUCGAGCACAUCGACCCGCAAACUAGCACGCCGCUCAGCUUCCUGAGCAAUUGUCUGCGCGCACUGAAGCCCGGCGGCUGGCUGAUUGGCUCGACGAUCUCACGCACACUUCCGUCAUUCAUUCUGAACCAGGUUAUUGCGGAAGCGCCAUGGCCGAUUGGUGUUGUGCCGCGGGGAACGCAUGAGUGGAGCAAGUUUGUUAAUCCACCUGAGGUGAAGGGGUGGUUGCAGGAGGGACUGAUAAGGGCUGCGGAUACGGCGACUAAGCGUGGGGGUGCUGCUCAGGUGCAGGGUAUGCAGUGGAAGUGUGUUGGGGCUAUUUAUGUUCCUGGGUUUGGGUGGAAGAUGGUUCCGGGGAGUGAGGAUUAUGGAAAUUACUUCUGGGCUGUUAGGAAGGGGCUUUGA